UGAUGGAGAAGAGCAGAGACACUCGUGUGAAAAAUAUUGACCCUAAUCUGAGCGUCAUUUAUUGCAUCAACUCACAGUUCAUUAUGCUGUAGAACACGUUACAUGUAUUUCAAUAUUAACUCUGAGGCACUGUGGUUGCAAAGAUGUUGUUCACAGUGUGAAGCUUCAAUAAUUUUGUCACUUUUAUCAACAAAGCGCUGCAGAAACAUCAACAUCUGUCUGACUUUAUUUCUGACAGAUGAUCAAAUCCGAGAGGGAGAAGGAUGAAAUCAUUACGAAGCUGAGGCAGACGAUCCUUACACUGGAAUCAAAGCUCCAGGAGGAGAAACAGAGAAGGGAGAAACCUGAGAAACAAGUUCAGAUGUUGCCAACUGAAACAGAGGAGGAGAAACAGAAAAAAGAAGAAACUGAGAAAAAAGUUCAGACCUUGCCGAUCAAAGCAGAGAAGAUUUCUCACAUCAAGAGUCCGUCCAAGCAGAAGAAAAAGAGACUGAAGGAGCCUCAGAAAGAAGUCAAGGCACAGCCCAAAGAUCAGUGCUGUGCUUUCUGAUUUGAUUUUUAUUUUUAAAGAAUUAGUUUAAAUUUAUGUUUACAUCAACAGCUGGUGAGACAAAGCAAAUUGCAAGGCACCCAUAUGUGUGUGUGUGUGUACGACAGAGAGCAAUUUUAAAAUGUGUAACUUUAAUGCUGUUAUAUGCACCAACUGGUCGCAGCAGAUGUCCACCCCCUGAGCCUGAUUCUGCUCUGAUUCA